CGGCCCACUCCCCUGGGCCCCCAGUCCUUCAGGUUUCUGGAAGGCCCCUUCCCCUGGUUCCAUGGCCCUCUCCUCCCCGGGGACCCUGAGCCUGGAGACCCUGGACAGCUGGGACCCUGACGUAGCCGGGCAGUUGGAUGAGGAGCGGUGGCAGCCAUCCUCUGAAAUCGUGGGGCGUCCCAUGGCGGCUGCCCCAGUUCUGGACCUGGAGGAAGAGCCCAGCAUGGACAUCAUCCUGGUGGACUCCAGCGAGCUGUCGUCCCCGCCUUCACCGGGGCCCUCCCGAGAUCUUAUUGCGUAUGAAGUCAAGGUUAACCAGCGAGACAUAGAAGACAUGUGCAUCUGCUGUGGAAGUUUCCAGGUGCACACACAGCACCCUCUGUUUGAGGGAGGGAUGUGCGCUGCCUGCAAGGACAAGUUCCUCAGCUGCCUCUUCUUGUAUGACGACGACGGGAACCAGUCCUACUGCUCCAUCUGCUGCUCCGGAGAGACGCUGCUCAUCUGCGAAAACCCAGACUGCACCCGCUGCUACUGUUUCGAGUGUGUUGACACCUUGGUCAGCCCCAGGACCUCAGAGAAAGUUCAAGCCAUGAGUAACUGGGUGUGCUUCCUGUGCCUGCCUUUCCCACGCAGUGGGCUGCUGCAGAGGAGGAGGAAGUGGCGGGGCUGGCUGAAGGCCUUCUACGACCAGGAGGCGGAGAGUCCCCUUGAGAUGUAUAAAACUGUGCCUGUGUGGAAGAGAGAGCCAGUGCGGGUGCUGUCCCUUUUUGGUGACAUCAAGAAAGAGCUGACGACUUUGGGCUUUCUGGAAAACGGCUCUGACCCGGGCCGACUGAAACAUUUGGACGAUGUCACCAAUACGGUGAGGAGGGACGUGGAAGAAUGGGGCCCGUUCGACCUCGUGUACGGCUCCACGCCGCCCCUCGGCCACGCCUGUGACCAUCCUCCCGGGUGGUACCUGUUCCAGUUCCACCGUGUGCUUCAGUACGCGAGGCCCAGGCCGGGCAGCCCGCAGGCCUUCUUCUGGAUGUUUGUGGACAACCUGGUGCUGACCGAGGAUGACCGGGCUGUAGCCACUCGCUUCCUGGAGACUGACCCGGUGACCAUCCAGGACGUCUGUGGCAGAGCUGUCCGGAACGCCGUGCACGUGUGGAGCAACAUCCCGGCCGUGAAAAGCAGGCACUCGGCCCUGUUUUCCCAGGAGGAAUCAUUCCUGCGGGCUCAGGACAGGCAGAGAGCAAAGCCCCCCGCCCGGGGGCCAGCCAAGCUGGUGAAGAAUUGUUUUCUCCCCCUGAGAGAAUAUUUCAAGUAUUUUUCAACAGAAUUCACUUCCUCUUUGUAAAUGAGUCAUUAUACCUUGAAAAAAAAAAAAAAAGACUUUUCCUAGAACAAAGAUAACUUUCCUUAUAUUGUUUCUUUUUUCCUCUUUAAAUUAUUAUUUUAUCUGCUUGACUGUGGAUUUUCCAUGGUUGCCACAGACCCAUCUUCCUUUUGGGUCUGGAGACCAGGGCCCUGACCCACCACGCCCUUUGCGGGACGGGGGGACAUACCCCACGUCUAACCAGAGACGAGAUCCAGAUGUUACACAGCACAGUGUGCUGCUGAAAAGUUUGUGUGUGCCACUUGAGAAGUUAAAAAUAUAUUUAUGAUGAUGAGUUACUGGUCAUUUUUUGGUGGUGUUAUGUAUAACACAGUCUUUAUUUUCCUCUCUGGGACAUGGGGGUGCCCGGGAGGACAACGAGCAGGUCACGUUCUUAUAAGUGCUUGUUACAUGUGCUCCCUUUGGACACGCAGCUGAUGCUGUCACACGACUGCCAUUUGCUGUGAUCGUCAAAACCACUCGCCCUGAUUAUACCACACGAAACAUCCCAGACCUUGUCGAAGCGUAGACUGUCGAACUUGGAAAGCGGGGAGAAUGGACUGAAUAGAUGGCACAGAGACCAAGACCAGACCCACUUGCGAACCGUGCAGGCUUUUUGUCCUUCUUAACCCAGAGGGACCUGCUUGCAGAAAGCAGGAUUCUGCUCCCCCCGGGCUCCUAGGAGGAUAAACCCAACGGAGAGCAUCGAGUUGAGCUGGCUUCAAAUCACAUGUAGUGAAUCCUAAAGGGUUCUUUCCAGAUUAGCCAGAAAACCCCCAAAAGGGAUCUAGACUACGUAAACAGACUCAGCUCGUCCUGGGCACUACCACCGGGCCUUGGGGCCCCCCCGGGACCAGCGCGGGUGCUGUAAGCAGUAUGUAAAACACUUUGUGGAGGAAAGGUGGGGUUCACAUUGAAGCUUUUGAAGUUUUAAAAAAAAAUCUUAAAGUAGAAUUACAAGUUGUGAUGGUGAAUUUUAUGUGUCGACAUGGCUGGGCCACAGUGCCCAGAUAUUUGUCCCAACAUUAUUCUGGAUGUUUCUGUGGAGCUGUUUUUUUGGAUGGGAUUAACACUUACAUGGUGGACUCUGAGUAAGCAGAUCACCCUCUCUAAUGUGGGCCGGCGCUGUGGUCUGAACGUCUGAGUCCCCCUCCAAAUUUACCUGUUGAAAUCUGAACCCCCAGGGUGAUGGUUUUAGGAGGUGGGGCCUUUGGGAGGUGACUCCAAAAGGGGAUUAGCGCCCUUAGAAAGGGGGCCCCACAGGGCUUCCUCACCCCUUCUGCCACGUGAGGACACAGGAAAAGUGUGCAACCAGGAAGAGGACAUACGCCACCCAUGCUGCACCCUGAUCUCGCCCUUCCAGCCUCCAGAGCCGUGAGAAAGACAUUUCUGUCUAUAAGCCGCCCGGUGUGUCAUAUUUCGCUACAGCAGCCCGAUCGACUGAGACAGCCUCAUCUAAGCCACUGUCUUGGACGCAGGCCUGAACAGGACAGUGGUGGACCUCCUCUGAAGGAAGGAAUUCAGCAGCAGGCCGCUGUGCACUCCAGUUACAGCUCUCCCCUGGGCCUCCGGCCAGCCAGCCCACCCCACAGAUUUUGGGUUUAUUCAGCCUCCAAAAUUGCCUGAGCCAAUUCCUUGAAAUAAAUUUCUCUCUCUUUAUAUACA